GGACGGCCAAUCAGCGGGCGCGCGGCGACAUGCCCGAGAGCCGCGGGGUUGGGGGGCGAUGAGGAGGCGGGGUCUGUCCGCGCAGCUGAAAGGGUUGAAAAUUUGUUGAGUCCUGAGGUGUUCAAACUGAAAAAGACUUUCCUCUCUCACUGGCAAUCUCCACCAUGAUUCAUAGCCUUUUCUUGAUCAACUCCUCUGGAGAUAUUUUCCUGGAGAAACAUUGGAAAAGUGUGGUCAGCCGUUCUGUUUGUGAUUACUUUUUUGAGGCACAAGAGAGAGCAACUGAGGCAGAAAACGUACCACCAGUCAUCCCUACCCCUCACCACUAUCUCUUAAGUGUAUACCGGCACAAGAUCUUUUUUGUGGCUGUGAUCCAAACAGAGGUCCCACCGUUAUUUGUCAUCGAGUUCCUUCACCGAGUAGUGGACACAUUUCAGGAUUAUUUUGGAGUCUGUUCAGAGCCAGUGAUCAAAGACAAUGUGGUUGUGGUUUAUGAGGUAUUGGAAGAGAUGCUUGAUAAUGGGUUUCCACUAGCUACGGAGUCAAACAUCCUCAAAGAGCUGAUAAAGCCUCCCACUAUUCUUCGAACAGUUGUCAACACCAUAACAGGAAGCACCAAUGUGGGUGACCAGCUUCCCACCGGGCAGCUGUCCGUGGUGCCGUGGAGACGGACUGGGGUGAAAUACACCAAUAAUGAGGCCUAUUUUGAUGUGAUUGAAGAGAUUGAUGCCAUCAUUGAUAAAUCAGGUUCCACCAUUACUGCUGAGAUCCAGGGAGUGAUUGAUGCCUGUGUCAAGCUGACUGGAAUGCCUGACCUUACGCUUUCCUUCAUGAACCCCAGGUUGCUGGAUGACGUCAGCUUCCACCCUUGUGUUCGUUUCAAGCGCUGGGAAUCGGAGCGUAUCCUCUCCUUCAUCCCUCCUGAUGGAAACUUUCGCCUGCUCUCUUACCAUGUCAGUGCCCAGAAUCUUGUGGCAAUUCCAGUGUAUGUCAAACAUAACAUCAGUUUCCGGGACAGUAGUUCACUUGGACGCUUUGAAAUAACGGUGGGACCUAAGCAGACUAUGGGGAAGACCAUUGAGGGAGUGAUUGUCACCAGCCAGAUGCCCAAGGGCGUCCUGAAUAUGAGCCUCACUCCAUCUCAGGGGACGCACACGUUUGACCCAGUUACCAAGAUGCUGUCUUGGGAUGUAGGAAAAAUAAAUCCCCAAAAGCUACCAAGUUUGAAGGGGACCAUGAGUCUUCAGGCUGGAGCUUCCAAACCAGAUGAGAAUCCCACGAUUAACUUGCAGUUUAAGAUCCAGCAGCUGGCCAUUUCUGGACUCAAGGUGAACCGCCUGGAUAUGUAUGGAGAGAAGUACAAACCCUUUAAGGGCAUAAAAUACAUGACCAAAGCUGGAAAGUUCCAAGUUCGAACCUGAAGGGAGAGUUUUGCAAAGGGAACAGUCACGAACACUUUUUCCUUUCUUACUUGUCUAAGAGUAAAAAAAAAAAAAAAAAAAAAAUCAGCCUGUCUCCUAAGUCAGUCCCCUUCUGGACCCACCUGCUCCCUUUUUUCCUUCGCCUUCAGUGCCUGGAACUAAUCAAAGGAGAAAAGGGUCGCCAGGGAGGAUGGGACAGAACUGAAACACAGCACCAACCCAGUUCUCAAAGAGGAGCUGUAUGAUGGAGGCCAGAGGGACCUGAUACCGUAUUUAGCUGUUUUUAACAUGGUUACCCUAGGAAAACACUAGCAUUUGUUACUUGCUUGGCUUUAUUAUCUAAAGUCAAUGAAAGCCUUCUUUGUUAUUAUUUUUUAAGGUGGGAGGGAAGGAAGGAAGGAAGGAAGGAAGGAAGGAAGGAAGGAAGGAAGGAAGGAAGGAAGGAAAGAAAGAAGGAAAGAAAGGAAACUUUGGAAGAAAAUGAAUAUUAGUCAAGCAAAGGCCAGUUAAGGAUCUGAUCUAUGAGGGGGAAGAAAGUGGAAACAGUUUUGAACAAGUAUGAGGACACAAAGUGAAAGUCGCAAGAAAAAUAAGUCCCAUGUGGGGGAGGGUUAGAGAGGGUAGAGGUAGUUUCUUUUUGACCCCUUUACUUUCAUAUAUUUAAAAAAUUUCUUUUGCACUUCUAGAAAUGAACUGGAAAUUUCUAAAUAUAAGUCCACUAUUGAUAUGGAAAACCCCGGUAAAAUCAGGUUUUCCCUUGAAGACCAUGACUUUAUGUGACCAGUUUCAGACACUAGCUGCUGCUUUGCCUUUAGCACUUGGUCUGUCAUCUUCAGUGAGAAGGUGACUUGCCCUUUCCCCAGUGGUGGCUGCCAGAAAUGCCUCUCUGCCUAACCCACAACAAUUCUACUCACUUUACAGAAUCUAUCAGCUUUUUCCUGUUACCUAAGGAGAGUUUCAGAAAAGGCAAUCCAGGGCAACUGUAUUUUGUAUGUUAUAGUAUUGGAGUGUAGACAGCCAGCUCAUUCUUCAUGAAGGUGUAGCCCAACUAUAACCCAGUGAUUCCUCAUUUUCAUUUGUCAGUGCUGGACUGCUGCUCCUAGAGCCUCAGCCGUCCUGCCUGAGACUUUUCCUUCUGUAACCCAAAGUAAAUAGAAUGCUUACCAUUGAGGGUGUGUUUCAUCCUUGAAGCUGCUCAGUCAAGGUAUUUCCUCAGUCUUUUGUUCUCUCUCAUGUAUUUAUGAACAAUAGAUAUCUAACAGUUCAUUUUUCUUUUAAGGCUACCCCCUGCCCCCACCAAACGCCCCGAAUUUUUUGAAUAAAACUAACGGAAGAUCGGCCAUGUUGAUCAUGUGUAACUCAAUUUCAGAAACAUGGCAACUGAAGGAUUACCUCAGGCUUUCCCAAUGGGUAAUUUUUAUUCUAGUUUAGUGGGUCUAUUAUCCAUUUAAAUAUUUAUGUAAAAGAUAGGUUUUUAAAAAUUGUAGCUUAAGUAGUGAUAGUGCGCUCUACUUCGUGCAUGGAGGAAAAUGAAGACCUGUCAUCUCCAAACCCUACGAUUUUUCUCCAAAGCCUUAUAUCCAGAAUACUUAAGUGUUCUGUUUGUUUGUUUGUUUGUUUUCCUAGUUUUAACUUCCUACUUGCUGGACUUGUUUUUGCUGUAGAGUCAUGUUGCUGUGUGGUUUUUCUCUGGGAUACAUUGUGACUAUGCAAUGUGUUUCAGAUUCCAUCACUCUUGCUUUCCUAUGUCCCAUAUACACACCUACCGUGGUCAGGGAGACAUCUCUACUGUGGAUUGCAGAAUACUUAGAAUCACUUCUCCCGAGGGCUCUGGAGGAUUUUAAAGUUUCACAUAAAAUAACCAACUUAAUCCCUGAAUAUUUUUAGUUGUUUGAGUCCAGCUGUUUUAUUUCCUCCAGGGCAGCUCAUCCUAAUCUCAAGCGAAGAAGGAAGUUAAGGAGAAAUAAAGUAUCUAGGGUUAUGGGACCUGCAGACCUUAGCAUAGAAGUGACUAU